AUCAUUUUUUAACGCAGCAUAGUACGGCAAAAACAUUUCUUGACUCUCACAAAUCUACCACGUAUCUAAUAAUCUCUUACAAAUUCUUCUCUUCAUCUCCACCAAAAUAGCAAAAAUAAACUAAAAACCUUAACAAACACAGACCCAAAAUUUUCUCAUACUUUAAACUAGCUAGAUGUAGCUUAAUCCAAAAAAAAAAAAAAAAGUUCCUAAAAGGUGUUACAAUAUUUUCUUGAAAAAUUAAGGUACUAAGUUUCCCUCUACUCUGUUUUUUUCUUCUGUUUUUGGUUUCUUGAUGGCUUUAUAUAAUAGGAAGAUGUUAGUUAUAACUACAAAAAAAAUGGCUAUUUGUGUGAAUUGUUUAACAGAAAAAUGUCCUGAUGAAUGUGGGGUGAUGGUUCCUGUUUUGUCACCACCUUCUAAUCCUGUUAGAAGUGAAAGCAAUCAUAUGCCUUAUUAUUUUAUAAUCUUGCUUUGUGUUCUUGGAGCAAUAUUUGUGUUCAUUUGUUAUAUGAUUACUCUUAAGAAGUACAAAAUGAAUACACCAAGAAGUAAUGACAAUUUGGAUAGAAAUAGUGAAGAUUUUGUUGAUGAGAAUAAUGGAUCAGUUGUGGAUAAUCCUAUUUGGUAUAUACAUACAAUUGGACUGCCUAAAUCUGUUAUUGAUUUGAUACCUGAGUUUAAGUAUAAUAAGGUUGAAAAUUUGGUUGAAGGGAUUGAUUGUUCUGUUUGUUUAACUGAAUUUGAAGAAGAUGAGAAGCUUAGGCUAUUGCCUAAAUGUAGCCAUGCUUUUCAUGUUACCUGUAUUGAUACUUGGUUGAGUUCACAUACGAAUUGUCCGUUGUGUCGUGCUCCUAUUGUUUCGGACUUAAAUGCUGCACUAGGAUUGAACAAUAUUGUAAAUGACUCCAUAUCAAUUGAGGUCAAUAAUCCAGUGGAGAACGGAAGUACUCGUGAUGGCUUGGAAAAUCAAGAAUCGGAUGAGGGGGGAAAUCGCGAUGCCUUGUCGAAUGAAGAAGGAAAAAAUGUGGGAAUUUUGGAGAAAAUGAUUUGUGUUGUUGAUGAAAGGGGAAAAGGGUUGCGAGUAUUCAGUGAUUUAGCUGAGCACCGGGUGAAAGUAAAUGAUAAAAUGCAGCCCGAUUGGGGGUCAGUUUCAAUGGAUUCGUUUGUUGUUUCGGUGACUCAACUGAAUUUGGGAAAUGGCGAAGGGUGUUCGAAUUCGGGUGAUCAACCGGUUGAAGGGAAGACGGAAAGUUCUGAUACAGGUGCGAAGAGAAGAAACUCGAGCUUAUAUGAAGCGAUGAAGAGUUCUUCGUUUGGACGUUCUUUGCAAAAAGUGCCGAUUUGUGUGAAGAGGUCCUUUUCUUCUACUAGUGGGAAGUGUUCGAUAUCGACAAGUGACAAAGAGGUGAAGAAGCCAAAUGAAGAAGGAAAAAUUGCAGGAAUUUUGGAGAAAAUGAAUCGUGCUGUUGAUGAAAGGGGAAAAGGGUUGCGAGUAUUUAGUGAUUUAGCUGAGCACCGUGUGAAAGUAAACAAUAAAAUGCAGCCCGAUCGGAGGUCAGUUUCAAUGGAUUCAUUUGUUGUUUCGCUGACUCAAUUUAAUCCUGGAAAUGGCGAAGGGUGUUCGAAUUCGGGUGAUCAACCAGUUGAAGGGAAGUUUGAAAAUUCAGAUACAGCUGCGAAACAAGGGAAUAGAAACUCGAGCUUAUAUGAAGCGAUGAAGAGUUCUUCCUUCGGUCGUUCUCUGCAAAAAGUGCCUAUUUGUAUGAAAAGGUCCUUUUCUUCUACUAGUGGGAAGUGUUGUUCGAUAUCCACAAAUGAUAAAGAGAAAGAGGUUAAGAACCAAGACAAUCAAUGUAAGUGAAGCUUAAAGACUUUUGCUUUCUUGAAUUUUAGUAGGGGUUCGAGUUUUUGCAUUCGGAAGCCAAUCAUAAACAUAUUGACAAAUAGUGUCUGUAUAAUAAGAACUGAUGAACAGCUGAAUUAAGCUGAUUCACAAUCUUCCAAGGAUAUGUCAGUGAAAGAUGGUGUUUUGCUAUGUAUUAGACUACAAACAACCCCAACCCCCACCCACCCCCCCGGGCCCCCGCCUGCCCAAAAAAAAAAAGAGCAACACCGGAAAAGGAGAAUUAUAAAUAGUAAGUUUAUAUGAAUUUGAUUUUACCAUUCUAUAAUUUGUGUUGAUGAAAGACACAAGUUUUUAGGUGUUCUUAAAGAGAAUCUGAAUGAUAAGGAGUGCUGCCAAAGUAAGUGCGAUUUAGUUCAGCUAUCCAUGUCCUUGACAUCUGGAAAAUGUGUAUAUUGUUCGCACCAAACGAGUUUUUUAGCUCUUUACACAUUUCUGUAUUCAUCACUUCGUCACAUGUUCAAAGCGAUGAGCGAUUUCAAGAAACUGAUGCAAGUGAAAUGACUUGGUCUGUGUGAACAUUCCGACACAAUUCAUUAGCUGAAAGUCUGAAACAGCUUUGAUCAGUAACAAUAUUUUCAAAACAAUUCAAAAGUUACCUUCUAUUGUUUUGCUUGAUGC